AGAGGCGAUAGAGAUGAUAGAGUGGCCAGAGGUAGUUGUUCUUCUAUGGCGGUGACUCGCAUACGCUAACCUGCAAAGCACAUCCCUCUCUGUUAUAUCCAGUUUUCAGUGACUGGAGACAGGAAGGUGUUGUCGGAGAUUAUCGCCGGACGGUGAUCGGAAGAACGUACACUGGAGCGAGGGAGGAGGUAAAUGGUUAUCGUUGGUGUUACCGGGAAAACAGGGAAAUAAGAUUGCGAUUGGUUGGUAGAAUAAUAGAAGGAUGAAUGGGAACAGUAACAUUAAUGAAUUUGGGAGUGCAGAGAGUGAGUACAUAAGGAGGCAUCACAGGCCCGACCUAGCAGAGAAUCAGUGUAGCUCCGCUCUUGUCAAGCAUAUCAAAGCCCCUGUUCCUCUCGUUUGGUCUUUGGUAAGGAGAUUCGAUCAACCGCAGAAGUAUAAGCCUUUUGUCAGCAGGUGUGUCACUCAGGGAAAUCUUGAGAUUGGGAGUCUUAGAGAAGUUGACGUCAAGUCUGGACUUCCUGCCACUACAAGUACUGAGAGAUUGGAGCUUCUUGAUGAUGAUGAACAUAUCCUUAGUAUCAGAAUCAUUGGUGGGGAUCACAGACUAAGGAAUUAUUCUUCAAUUAUAUCCCUCCAUCCGGAGAUAAUUGAUGGCAGACCAGGGACUCUAGUGAUUGAGUCAUUUGUGGUUGAUGUUCCUGAUGGUAACACAAAGGAUGAGACAUGCUAUUUUAUUGAAGCAUUGAUCAAGUGCAAUCUCAAAUCACUUGCUGAUGUCUCGGAGCGGCUUGCAGUGCAGGAUCGAACUGAGCCCAUUGAUCAGAUCUGAAAGCUGAGAGUGGAGAUGUGGUAGAUGCUUCGGUUGCCAUGGAUGAAGCUUCUGAGCCUUUCGUCUCCUGGAGGCUUUAGGGACGGACUGGCAGUAACACUUCUACAGUAGUUCUACUUGUACCUUCCAGCACACUUGUAAUCUCUCUAUCAGUAGUUUGCUGUGUUGUCUGUAAAAUUAUGUAUUGUUUGUCUUUCUUGGUAGCUGGAGAACCACAGUGCUAUUAUUUUCGUCUUUGUUCAUGGAUGGAGAAGGUGAACAAAUGAAAGACUAGGGAUUCUUCCUAUGUGAAUUUCAGGGCUUUGCCCUAACGUGGUUGUAAGAGUAUAUUUUUAUUUAUUUGGGCUUGUUAUAUUCCAGUUAAACAUCAGUUUAAGAUGGUAGUGGUAACUGGUAA